AUUUUCGGUGGAUACGAAAAAUGGCGGUAUUUUGAUGUUUUGACUAAAUUGAUUGUUAGCUUUUAUGUUGAGGUAAUUGUGACACAUACAUUAGGACACCUGGUUACAGCAGACCUCUCUUGGUGAUCAAUAAUGAGAACCAAGCCUUCAAUCUGGCUAAAGAUUUAGUAAUGGUUGAUGACGAAAGUUCUUCGCCGGAGUGGUGUUUUGGCCGCAGACUCUCCGCUCUGCAAAACGCUUCUUGCGCUGAGGAUGAGAUCGUUGCUUUAGGACAGUUAAGGGAGACGCUUCUUCCCACUGGCGAUAAAACGUCUUUGGAUGAGGAUCAUUGCGAGAAAGAAUGGCUUCGCUCAGGUUUAGAUAACAUAGUGAAUCCUUUCCCGGCCAAAACACCUGAAACCUGUAUACCUUCUCAAGAUGAUCUUGAUUCGUUUACUUUCUAUCUUUUCGAACGACGAUUUGGUUGGUCGGAGUUUACAGCGAACUUAGACGAUCUACAUACAGAAGCAGAUGAGCAUUUAGUUCGUAGGGGAUCGUCUGGGUCCGUUCGAAUUCAGGAUGAAUCCAAGUUUAAAGCGAAGCUGAAUGAGUUACUAGACGAAUUUCUGAAGUGGUAUGUUCAUGAUUUUAAUUUGUCGCUGUGGGAAAUCGAGAAGUAGCACCAAAUCUAUUAGCACACCGACGAACCUCAGGUUUCUAGAUGUAAUAAUUUAAGGUGAAAUAGGUUAGUUAUCAAAUCCAGUUGUGAUUGCCAAAUUAAGAAUCGUAUCACCUUUUUGAGUAGCUAGAACAUGUCAGCUCAGUCUGCGACAGACAAUUUACGCUUUACAUAAGCUUUCCCUUGAUCGAAUCACAAAAUCGCACCUCUCUCGCCAGUGUGAAACCCCUAGCACUUAAUUUGAAUAAUUCCGAAUGUGUUAAAUUUUCUCGCUAUUUUUACGUUAAUUUCGGGCAAAUUGUGUGGGUUUUUACGCAUCCACAUGGAUGGUAAACUGAGAAGUUUGUUCAAAUAUUGAUUCAUCGGAGAUUACGUUGUCAAGAUCGAUUCCUGUCUCCUUGAAAAGUGCACUUAACAGCCCUACAUUUUUUUAACAAAAAUUGAUGCAAAUCUUAUUAAAGAGAAAGAUUGUUUUGAUAAAAUUUGAAUUGGCAAUUUCCCAAGGGGUCAAAAAAUUUCCAUUGGACUGUCUAUCCUCUUUGUCAUCAGAAAAGCCUUCUUUUUUCGGUGGGAAAAGCAUGUGUUGAAAUCUUAACAAUAUUUUAUAUUUGGGAUUAUGGUUCCUUGCUUGUUUGCUCAAUGGAGUUAUGAAAGUUGUGAAAGUGGGACAGAGUUAAAGCCAGCUGGUCAAUUAGAGCUGAGCUGUUUGGCAGUUUGUUGACUGUUGUGACUGAAGCAUGUUUUCUUUUACAGGUAUCUUGCCCAAGUUAACCUAACGGAAAAUCUUUUGAGUAGUUUUAAAUAUGCAGUUGCUAAAGGUUAGCCAGAAUUCAGAUAUUUUCUUCUGAAGUUGCAACUGUUUGAUGACUAAUGAUCCCAGUAUACAUUGCACAACCAAACAAAAUGUAAUGAUUAACACUUCAGAUAGUCUGUGAGGCCAUCUAUUCUUGUGUAUUCCUAAAUUUGAGAUUUUUUUAAGUUAAAAAAAAAGUGGGAUACGUUUACUUGUACUAAUUUCUGUCCUUUUCAGCUUAUAAUAUGCCAGUGGUUAGGAAUCAGGCAUUUGUGCAUAUCAUGGACUGGCUAAAGCUUGCUAGCUCAGAUAAUGGAGUGGAUAGCAAAGUGUUUCCUUUAGUGAAGGAUGUUGUUUUGGCUGGAAUCACUGAUAUCUGGUCAGCAAUCAGGAACACUUGCGUGGCUAAGUUGUCAAAACUUUUGGAACUUUUUACAAUGCUACAAGCGGAAGAAUUCUAUCAAUGUUUAGUAAAGGUAGCUAAGAGUGAAAUGAAAAUUUUUCUUCUUGCCACAUGAUAUAUGCAGAUCAAUUUGGGGAGGGGGAGGGAGAGGGGAAGGAGGAGGGGCAUGGAUACAUGUAAAACUUUGAAACCUUUCACACCAAAGAGUGACCACUCUGUUCACUCUACCAUUAUGUUCAUGAAGUGCGAUGAGAAGAAAAAAAAACUUUUCAUCUAAAAGGAAAGUACUACUUGAGGUAACACCAAAUCUUGAAAGCUAAAAUCAUAGCAAAUGUUCUGUAGAAAGCAAGGAGAACAGAUGUUGAGUUCUGUAGAGUGAAUGUUUCAACCAGGCUGGAGAUAGAAUAUUUUUUUAUAGAUAAUAUUUAAAGCCCUGAUGAAAUAGGCCUGAUAGAUGAUGAUAGUUUGCUUACUCCAACUGUCAUUUUUAUCAUCAGCUAUCAUGUUUGCAACCAAGAGGUCCAUGAUCAUUGACAAUGGUUUGUGUUGAAUCCAAUAUGCAUGUAGUGUUCUCAUUACCUUUGCCUGUUUUCCCGUCGUAGAUUUGUCUGGGAAAGGAAACAUCCUGGCAGGCCAAAGAGGGAGCAGUGAUGUGUGAGUUUUGAAUAUUAUUGCUUUUUUUUUUACACAUCAUAUAUACUGAUUACAUUAAUUUUUGAGACCAUAAUAUUUUUUUUGUUUGUAAGUGUGUUUUUCCAAAUUAUACUUGCUCCUUGGUCAAUUUCCAGGCAUGACUGCUUUGGUGUGCCAGUUUCUCUGGAGUGGAGUUGUAUCACCUGGGAAGGAGUCCAUGUAUUCAGAAGGACCUCGAUACAUGCUGAAGGUCAGUGGUUGUAUCAUAACCUGCAAGUCACCAAAUUGUUUCUUGAUUGCUUACAGUAACUACAUGUAGGAAGCCUCAUCCAUGUCUAAAGAAAAUGCUGGUUAAAAUAAUGCUAUGUUAUAUUUUGGUCAAUCUCUAAGUAUUAACUGUUAUUUCCUGGGGCAAAAAAUAGGCUUCCUUUGCAUCAGGGCCCUUGUUUAUUUUCUCUGUGUUUCACUGUAUGUAUAUUGCUAAUGUGAGUAUUAUGCAUCAUAUAAUAAAUGUGGAAACUUGAACAAUUUAUUAAACCUUGUCACUUGCUUUCCAGUGAAUUACUUUAACACCCACCAUGCAAGUUACACCUGAUCAAGUUAAAUGUAAAAAUGAUUUUGUUGUGUUUUGCAUUAACUGCAAAUCUUGCAUUUUUAUGAAUUGUUUUUAUCAAGGUGAUUCCUUUUGCAAAAUGAGACACAAAAAAGCCUUUUAAAUUAUUUGAGUAUGAACUUCCAUAUAUACCUUAAUUCUGCAGUGAAGGCCCCAUUUGUUUUAAGGAUGGAUAAUGCUGUCCACUGGAUAAAGCUCUAUCUGGUGGAUAGUGCUGUAUAUUUUGUUAAAACUUACAUAGAUAGUUUCUGAAUAACGAUGUAUCUGCAGGGUAACAUUCUCCAUCCAUUGAACAACUGGGUCCAGAAUAGAACUUAAAGUGUACAUUGAACUUAUCUCCAAUGACAGAAACAUACCUAACAUGUAUUUUGAGAAUAAUGUAAAUGUACUGGUCAGUGAGUUUGUGGUAGUGUUAUAUUAUAUGUCUAUCUUUUGUUUCAGUUUGGGUUGACAACUUUGACAUCACUGCCAGAAUUUAUCAUGUCCUCUGUCCACUCUGUUCUGUUCUCUCUGCUUGUUCAUCCACAACUUAGCAUCAGGGAACACACUACUAAAGCAAUAUCUGCAAUAUUGUCAAGAUGUGAGUUUGAGGUAAAGGCCACUUUCUUACAGCACACAUACACCUGUUCAUAGAUUGCCUUGCAGUAUAAAAAUUUCCCAAAUUAAAACAAUAAAAGUUAAUCAUAAGAUGCUUAGAGGAAUAAAAUCUGCAAACAAAGUAUGAAAUAUUGCACUCAUUUUACAUGUAGGUUGCAUUAUCAUCAUUCCAAGAAGUAAUCAACAGAUUGUGCCAUGGAACACAGGAAGGCAACAAGGAUAUCAGCGAGAGCAUAACUGAGGUACAUGCCGCAUGCAAAUAUGAUUUAUUAUCCAUAGUGACACAGUGAAUUAAAAUGUUUUGGAAAGCUAGAGAACCAACUAACAUGUGCUGUACCAACUACAUGCUCUGAUACAACUAACUUCCCAAAGCAAAUAAACACAUUGUCAAGUGAUCCACCAGCACAAAUGUUUAACUUACUUUUAUCAUCUCAACAAUAUCUCAACAAAGUCUUCUUUAAGAAAAUUGAACAAAUGCUCCCUUGGUUUGCUUUUGUCAGAUUUUUGUGUUGUCUUUCUUCCUCUUAUUUGGGGUGUGGAAUGUAUGUGUACUCAAAAAGUCAUGACCUCUCCAUUGAUCAACAAUAUUACAGCCAUUGCUGUUUGAUUGGGGAUGUGACCUUUGGGUAUAUUUUUAUAGGAACUUCCCUAUAAGCUUGCCUCCCUUGCUUGUCUUCUACUUGUGUUGCUGGAUGCUGGUAUUGACAAGUUUCAUCAAGAGUAUUUAAAGUAAUUGUUUAGUUUUACCAAGGAGUGGAAUUAUUUUGUUUUAAUCCAGUUACCCCACCAUGCAGUGUUAAGACAGCACUUUAGGUUCCUCCAUGCCCAUGAAGCUGAAGGCUUGUUAGGAGUUUGUAUCUUCUUGAUCAAGGUAAGUGUUGGGUGUUAAAGGAUAAAAUUCAACUCACCUCUGCCAUGCUUUCCUUAAACUACUUUAUUGCCAUGUGGUAUCAGGUUGAAGUAAACAUUUUCAAUUCUUCUCAUCCACAGCAUAUCCCGCCAGGUUAUCUGUUGCCCAAAUGGCCUCUAUAUUUCUCAACACUAAAUCUUUACCUGAUGCAUCCAGCUUCCACUGUGAGGCAGGCAACAAGUGUUGCCUUUAAAUAUCUUGGUAAGGUUAUAAACCUCUUAAAAUGGAUCAUGACUGUAAGGGUUGCUCAAUUAACACUCAUUCUAAGGAGAAAAGUUUUGCAAUUUGCCUCAUUUUUGAGGUGAGGUAGUUGCAAAUUAGAAAUGGCCUAGUUAAUGAUUCAGUAAGCCUUUGACUCCCAAAAGUGAUUAACAUGCACUAGUGGGUGAAUUCUUCUUAUAUUAGUGGCGUUAGUGUCCGUUUUCCCAUGGAGGGUCACAUAUUAUACAGCUAACAGGUGAUGAGAAAUUACAAACUUAUCAGGUAGAAGUUGUUAUCUUGACUUGACACCAUUGAAGUUCUCAGGACUAAAUGUGUACCAACUAGAGGGGAAAAUUAACUAUUACAUCUUGGGAGUUCAAGGGUUUCCUGAAAUGCAACACUAAAUACAACAGAACUAUUUCAAAUCAAGCAAAAAAAUACCACAACCAAAAGUGUAAAGUAAUGUAAUCCAUGUUGCGACAAAAUAUUAUUGCUUUUCCUUACUUGUCUACAGUUGCUAAAGACAGCAGUAAUCCUGUGUUCUUAAAGCUUGUCCUUCAAGGACUAGCGGCUGACUGGAAGGUUGAGAAUGACUUGUUAAUGGCAAACCUAAAGUCAAGCCAUGCCCCUGAUCAGUUUGAGCCAUUCACAUCAAACACUACUCUUAACCCUGAAGAUGAUGCUGGUGCUUGUGGAUCUGAAAGCCAAGUUCCAUUGAUACGCACCCCUAGUCCAAUGUCAAGCCCUGAUUUAUGCUAUGCCUCAGCUGACUCUUUAAGUAAUGUUGGUGAGUUUUAUGCAAUUUCCCUGCCAAGGUCUUCAUUGGAAAUUAUCAUUAGUCUUAAAACCUGUGAUCAUGUUGACUAAUUAAGGUAUCGCUUAAUCUGCACCACACUUAAUUUCACCAAUGUGUGGUGGAUUAUGCAAUUUUUUAACUCAAAACUUUUUCUUUCUCUUUUUAAAUUUGCAUUUUCAUAUGAAUGUAAUGGUGGUAAUGGAACUUUGUUUUGUGCAAUGUUGAUCUGAAAUCACACUUGUGAUUUCAAAUCUUGCAUAUGAUUUCAGACCAAUUUGUGCUCCACUUAGUUCAAGUACCAUAAUUAUACAGUACAAGUCAUGUAUACACUACACAAAAUUGUAUAAGUAUAGGAGCUAGAAGAGAUAAUAACUUAAUUGAAGAGGAUGAUACAUCUCUAAAGCUUCAUGGUGUAAUCUCUUUCUUGUUUGGGUUUUAAUUCAGGACCUGAAGCCCAGUGUGGCUCAUCUUCUGCUCAGACUGGGAUGUCACCAGUGCCACCUAACAAAUCCACAAGGACAAGUAUUCGGCAAGUUGCAAAACUGUUGGCAGGUAGAAAAUUUGUUAAUGUUUACUAAAAUGUAUCUCAUUGUACAGUUCAUGUAGACUUAGUGAUACUUUAUUAUGAAAUAAUAGUCUUGAGCAGGGUGCAAGGAAAAAACUUAACACUGUUACAGUUGUGGUGUCUCCUAGGUCCAGUUGCUACUGUUUCAAUCACCAUGUACUACAGGCUCAUUAUUGCAUUUCUCUAAUGUUGAAAAGUUUAAUGUGCAAAUUUAUCUUUACUCAACCCUUCAUCAUAAUACAUGUACAUACCAAGCCACUUUAAUGACUAUUGGUUAAAAAAAAUGCUUUUUUUUUUUUUUUGACAGAUGGUGCAUCGCCUGAUUUCUUAAUGUCUGAGAGCUGGGAAUGGAGAGAAGGAAGACUGUUGGCUUAUGAGCUCAUUUUAAAGUUCUUAAUAACAAACCACAUCCAUUAUGUGUUUCCAACAUAUGUCCUCCCUGUAUCAAAAGCCUCUGCAUCGUCAUCUUCAGUGGAUGAAACUCUUAUCAACAGGUACAGUCACAACAUCAGGUGUACUUGAUGGUUGUGAACACCUUUGUAUUAAACCUUUUGACUACCAUAGGUGACCAAGACAGAAUUUCUACUUACAAUUUCAAUAAACAUCAAACCGACAUGUGAUGAGAAUAAGGAAUAAUAUCGAUUGGGAGAUUAUUAGUUGAUCCAAUACCAUAAUCUCCAUACUAACAAUAAGAAAUGUAUAGCAGACAGUAAGGAGAAUUAGUGAUGAGAUCGUGGGAGUGACAGGGUUAAAAACCAACAACAGUACAUUUAAGGAAACCACAACCCACAAGGUCCUGUUUAAAUGGCCUAAGAAUUUGAGUUUAAAGAGAUAAAAAAAUGGUUUAUGCUACAUGAGAAGGAAAAUCUCAAAAUUAAUUAUUUAAGUAUCCUUUUAGUUCGGCCACACGAUGUGAAACAGAUUGAUUGAUCAACCACUAAGAAUUUAAACAUUCUUCAGACAGCUUGUGCGUCGAUCAGUUUGAGGAUUCAAAGUCCCGCCCCCGGGCCAAGAUUGCGUUCAAAUGCCCCACUCGAUACAGAACAAUUCUUUUUGUGAUUAACGAAUGUUGUAGAAUUUAGCAAAGUUAUGUAUUGUUGCUGUUGCUGUUGGGUUUGUUGCUCAUAAGCAUCAAUCUACGAUGUGGAAAUUGUCUCUCUAAGCCAUUUGCUCACGACAGCAGACUCCUCACCUUAAAAAUCGUUCAUUAAAACACGUGUAUUAUACUUGAAAGACUUGCCCCACCCCACCCACACAAGGUUCAAAUUCCCCACCCCCCGGGCAUGGACGACAGUCAAAUGCCUUAAGAUUGCCGGCGGGAAUGUCGAAGCUUCAAAUUGAUCGGCGCAUUAUAUGUAGCAGACAUUUUUUUAUUAUUAUUUUAACCACUGCACCCUAACAAAAAUGAUAAUCUACUCUUGAUGAUGCACUUUUAACUAUCUACAGGUACAUGUAAUUUGCACUUUAAUACUACUUGCACCUUUCUUUGUGUCUAGUUUGUCAAACAAAGCUUCGCCUAAUCAUUCUUUCUUUGUUAGAGACAGGUAAGUGGACACAGAUUCACUUUCAAAUUUCGUGUCGUUGAUCCGUCUCCCAUCCUCAACUAUCCUUGUAGAAUAUUCCUUUUAUCUCUCGUUUUAAUCUUUUUUUUUCGCGAUGCUUGGAAAUAACGUUGCUCCUUUAAGCCUUAACUGCCAUCUUUCCUGCCCUCAGUUUGUUUCUCAGGCGCUCUCGUCCAGUUGUGUGAUUGGUGUGUGAUGCAUGGAGUGUAUUACAGUUACCUUUUCAGUCGAAGUCUCCUAUUAUAUCCUCUAUAGGCUCCAUUACUUAGAUUCAAAACUAGCAGCAAAAGUUACAAGCUAUGUGGGGUUAGUUGUCGUUCGUAAUUUUCUUGCCGUGAAUUUGUUUCAGAUCAAAGUCAGACGUGUCGCCUAAAUCACAUCCUUUAUGUGUGAAGAGCAAUAGUAUCGGUAUGAUAAACUCCGCGUCAUCUGGUAUGCUGUACACCACAACAACCAUUAAGGUACGGGACAAGAUUUCUGUUCAGUGGCCGUGAAAGUUGGAUAAAAAAUGUUCAGAUUAGCUUUUAACUGAUAUUUUUUCCCAUAGAGAUCAUUUGCGCCUGUAGUUCUUUCAAGUGGUUACUUCACAUACUCUUCAUUCACCAUACUCAAUCUAAGUCGUGCUUUGAUUUAUUCUCCUCUAUCUCAUAACCCUUCAAAUGUCUGGAACUGAUCGGUAACUCCCCUGUAGCAUCUGUAGCUCAUCUCUCACCAAAAAAAAAAAAAAAAAAAAAAAAGAAAAAUCAAUACUGGAAAAAUAAAACUCUUCAUUUAGCAGACAAGUUUUUCUAUCAGCAGAACCGGUUUUUCCGUAAAUUUGUGUCUUAUUGUUAGGGGAAUUAAACAUCAGUUACUUCUAAGAGUUAAAGAGUUAACCUUUUUAAAUUUGAAAGUAUCAAUUUUUGAACGAUUGACAAACUGAAAAUGAACAUGCUCUCUUUGUAGGAAGGAGAGAGCGGCUCCUUGGAAAAAAUGCAAGAAAGAACAGAAUCAGUUCAGGGCACGGACACCAGGAAAAGCAAAUUCCCCACAAAAGCGAAAGCAAAGUGUGUUUCUUAAAUCUGAACCCUUGUUUGUUUUUAAGAAUAUUUUAAUUUUUUCAGGAGUUUAGUUCUAAAUGAUAUGAUUGGCGAUAUAUUUAGGUUACAGAACGUGAGCACAUGCAAAUGUUUUUUCCAUUGGACUCCGAUAUAUCACAAUUUGUUUUGAUUAACUGUUUAGUCUUUUUAAGCCAUGUAUUGUGGGAGAAAGAUGUGAAUAUUUAUUUUCAGAGAAAUUUUCAAUUUACUCUUCGAUCCUCCCGAACAGAAACUCUUCGGGCCUUUUCAGAGGAAGGAGCGUGGGCUCGCUUGGCCUGCAGGGCUGGCGUCUUAUUAGGGCUUGUUCACGUUUAAAAGCUCGCGAUCUUUUAUCAGAACGGCCGUGUUUGAUUCGGAGUCAGAGUGGACAGUGGGGGUAGAGGGCGAGGUAAGGGCUAGAAGAGUAAUUUUUAUAGCCCCACCUUCGUCCCUCUCCUUCCUUUUGACCGUCGCUGCUACACCACUCCCGGCACAGAUUUCUAUCUCUCCUCAAUCUCCGUUGCCAUAAAAAUCAAAGAUGGCAGCUAUGAUUUUCGUCAAUAAAUUAACGAGCACUCGCUCGCCAAGAUUACGCCCGCUCUGCUGGAUAGGGCUCGCUUAGCGAUUGGUCCAGGAUCUCACGCGAUUCCCUCAACAAAUCCUCUCGGUCAAUCGCGACCAAUCGCGACCAAUCGCGAUUUCCCGCGCUUGAUACCGAUUAUUGUAUUGACUGUGAGUGCGUAAAGCUUCAUAUUUAUUUGACUUUGUUCUGAGAGGCUUUUUCGACUACUUCAGCGUUUGAGGUGUUUAAUAUCUUUAAACUCGACAGGAGAGCAUCAUCUUGUGUUGCUGUCGAAGCUGAUACUCACACAAAACAACUCAUCAGACAGUACUCUGUGGCAACGCCUCACAUUUCACCUAAGAGACCUUUUAGACUUCCACGAACGAGCACGUUUGCUCUGGUAAGAGUUUUUUAGAUAGAUAUUGGAAACAAACUGUUUCAUUCUUCGAUGCAUUUCAGAAUUACUCAAAGAAUGAUCUGGACGGCGAUAAUUCUUUUCCAGCCAGGGAUAGGCGUUGCGAAAAAUGUCAUGAGUUUUUCAGGGCUACUUGGUCAGGCAAUGCGUUGGCUAUCUUUAUUUUUGUUUGCUUUUUCAGGGUAAUUCAUUACUCAAUCAGACGAAAGCUUUGGAUGCAGAACAGCCCUCCACUGAGGUAUGAAAGAGUCGACAUCUUAUGUUGAGUAUGUAUUAGGAAUUUAGAGUUUUAGAGCGUUAUCGUGUUAACUUUCAGAUCGUUGGACUAGAACGCCGUUCCAUUCAACAAAUUAACGGUUUGCGUAACAUGGACUCGCUAAUUAGUACUUUUAGCGUACUUAGUAUAAUGUUGGUUACAUUGGUUUUUUGAUAAAAUCAAUUUCGUUUUCAUAGGAUCUUUCUGUCGAAAUGAUGUUCCGGUGUUUAAAAUCUCCUUUUGGAUGGAGCAGCUCUCGAUCCGGUUUGUGUUGCUAGCUCAGUAAUAUUUUUAAAUGAAUUAGACAUCUUUAAAAUUAGAAUUUACACCAUAAGUAGUAAAGGUUAUUGCCGAAGUGAUUAGAAGUGAUUUUUGAAUUAACGAGUUGACACUGUCUUUGAUCCUUUCAUCUGAAGUGCCAUUUCGAAGAUAACAUUUUUAACUUAAGAAUUUGAACCUAUAAUGAGUAAACUCGAAAGUGCCCCCCAUCCGUAAAGAAAAUUCUGGUAAGUUGUAAAGACACGCUUAAGAGAGCCACUACAUGUGAAGAACGAGCUUUUGCUUUGAGUUUUCUCUUAUGACUGUCAGCUUGUGCCAGCUGCAGAUGGUGGGUCAGGGAGGAAGAUUGAUAAAGCGAAAACCAGCCAAAGCCUGGAAUAGUCUACGCCAUUUUUGUUCGUCCUAUUUUUUUGGAUCGUUUCCACCAUACAUGACCUUACAUGUCUGGCUUUUGUAUUAUAGGGGAAGGUUCAUCCAACAAGGUGUCUCUUAAUCUAUCAACGUUGGUCUCGUAAGUCUCGAUUGUCUCGUAAACUGCACACUUUGUAACAUCAGUGGGAUAUUGAUUCUGAUGGAAUGAUGAUUUUCCAAAUUAAAUUUGACAUUCCAGAGACGAAGAUCCUCAAUGGACGAACGCUCUUCAAUUGGGGCCACUUUCCUCUGUCUUAUCGCAAGUAAGAGUGCUUGUAAAAUUAUGAAAACUCUGCCGCACUUUUCUUAGAAUAAAAAUUUCGUUUUUCUUGUUCUUCAAAUAGUUUUUACAGCACGCGGAUCAGAGCAUUAAGUUCGAAACCGCUCGAAAAUCUCAGCAUUACAGUGGUUACUCUAUUGGAAUAUUUUAGUAUUUUUCAAUGCUAAAACAGUUUUGUUUCUUACUCACUAGGUAUUUCUGCAGACCGUAGAAUGUUUAGCUGAUACCAGAUGGGAACUGCGUCGAAUGGGGCAACAGGUACUGACAUAGCUAACUUAACUUUGACCGAGAAAAAGCCGUUAGAAAAACUUCGCCUAAAUCCAGUGAUACCCAGUGACGCCUCUUACAUUCAAGUUCCAUGGUGCUCCUCUUAGUCAAGGUUGUAAAAAGGUAUCAUCCGUGAUACAAAGAGAUUUUAGAUGGAGCGUCGUUAAGCCCAAACCAAAGAAGUGACCACUAUUCACAAAUGGGGAAAUAUGACCGAGUCAGUGAUACAUGAGUACGGCUCCAAGUGCAGGAAACAGCGAAGGAUGAAGUCGCGAAGGGUUUUGGUUUUGCAUCUGAUUGGCGUUGAUUAUAUUGAAUCUAAUAAAGAAAUGCAAUCUUAGCUCACUUUCCACACUCAACUUAAAAUCACUGUCAAAGACUAACAUGCUAUCUCAGUCACGCCCUUCUUUAAAGGAUAUUUGAUGCUCGGGUUAUUUUCUCUUGCCUAAAAUGUUGUUGUCGUCAUAAUUUUUAAGGUUCUUCCGCUGGCUACAGAAGUGGUUCGCUGGUUUGACAUGAAACCAUUAGAAAUCCUAUGGGACAAUUUCCUGUCACGUGAUCACACCCUGUUGUGUUAUGGCAGCUGUAUUGCCCUCAGGUAUUCCAUUCUCCAUGCUGGUCGCCUGAUGCAUUUCUUGGAGCAGCCUCCGCCGAGUUGGAAGGUAUUGUAGACAAGGCAGUGUUAUGGCUAAAGAACUGUCACGACACACAAAUAGGACUUUGCGCAAACUGGGAAGGCGAUGACAACGAGAGCGCGCUAAAACAAAAGACUAAUGAGCUGGAAGAAAGCUUUGAUUGUUGUUAUCUGCUUAUAAUUGUAGUAAAAUUUCCAAAAUUUUGUUUGGUCUUAGAGCGAAAACUCCAACAGCAAAUUAUGUGCAUUUCUUCUUGGAAACCAACGACGCCUUCACAUCUUAUUCUGAAGUGAAGGUCUGGUGUCAUUUAUGGCGCAAAAUAUUUCAGAGAAAUAUAUUUCCAUAUUUUUAGUCAGUGUUUUCCUCCGCGUUGUCGUCAUGAUAGCGGAAGGUCCCUUAUGUAGUACUGCACUGGCAUCCCAUUUAACAGGAGUACCAAUGCUCCAGAUUACUCCAUGUUACGGAUGGAUAAGCUCCUGUGGCUGUGAUGAGUCAGCCAAUUGUGCAGACUUUCCUUUUACAUUUAUGUGUCCGUGUUUGAUCUGCUUUGGAAAUGAAAGGAUUUGAUGUGGAUGUUGUUAUAGACAGUGAUUUACGCAGUGACUAAUCUUAAAAAGUUCAACCUUUUUUCGGUCUCUAGGAUCCAGAGAGCUGUGGUCGGGCUGCAUUGACAGUUGUGGAGGAAAUUAAACGAGGGCUGAAGAGGUGGCUACAUCAGGUGGGUUUGCAGUCUACUAAAUAUAGCCCACAUAGUUGCCCACCAUUGUCAAAACUUUUCGCUUUAGCAACCUAUCAGUUAGACUACUAGGAACAAACCAAGUUUAAGCACCACUAGUUUUGGUUAAGUAGGGUGGGUUUUGAAUGAACUCUAAUCUGAUUCGCCGAGAAAAAUCAGUGGGCCUCGGAAAAAUUAAGUGUCCAUUUGGCCAAGUUAGAGAAUUUUGAGUUCCCUUUCAUUCACCGUGGUUUAUUGGCUUAAAAGGAAGGGAGAAGACUGAAAGUAAGGGUUAAGUGUCAAGAGCUCGUUAUUUUAUGUAACUAAAACAAAAUGAUUAAAUACACUGUUUAGAAUCUUAUGUUCUCUCUCUUCUUUUAAAUCUUUUCCAUGCAGGUGUACGAUCUAUUCACAGAUCCAUGUUUUGAUAAGCUGUCAGUUGUCGCCAUGGAAACGAUUAUGAUGUCUCACAUUUGUUUUCCUUAUGAACCGGACAACUUUGACCAGGUUAUAAAAUUGAGAUAAUUGGCCAAUGAGAGCCUGCAGAACAGGCGUCAUUAUCAUGCAUUACUGUACAUUCGCACAAUUCAGGCGAGGGAAUACAGGCGCGAAGUGCGCAUGAAGGGUUAGUCGCACGCGUGGAGGAGCUGCCAUAUUGUUAGCGAGAAACGUCUUGAUGCAUUUGCAAAGGCGAUUUUUCUUUCGCCCUUUUCCUCGCGUGCACAACUUGCUCGAGGCGUUUAGGUCGUUCUUGCGUUAGCUCGACAAAAAGCGAGAAAAAGUUCGCCUGAUCUAUUGGCAAGGUCGUUAAAGGCGUUAAAUUUUAAUAAAUUUCUUUAGGUAAAGGAGCUAGUGUCGGGACUCUGAGAAGUCUUGAAUAUGAAGUCAUCUCCUGUAAACUUUUUCCUUGUUUUCUUUAAGAUAGAAAUGAUCUUUCCUCCUUAUUUGAAAAUAUGUGGAUCUGUAGAAACUCCAAGGGUGGAAUACUAGCAACAUCCGACGACAAACCACCUUUUACUUGCAAAUACAAAAUGUUCUCUUUUAUUUCAGAAAGCGUUUUGUGAUUUUAUAGGUUCCACUUGGUGGAGUGUGAUCAUUUGUGAUGGCAUAGUUUUGUUGCUUUAGAGAGAUACUGCCUCAUGCAAAAUGAGGAUCUGUGAGGGUCAACUGAAGUUGUUUUAUACUGCACUAUUUUGGAUCAACGUCAGAUUCUGAGCAACUGCGCACCUUCCCCUCCCUUAACAGUCUAACCCCACUUAAACUCUAACUUGUUAUCAGUUGAUUGUUGUUGCGCAUUUGUUCAGAUACUGACAUUGUUUCAUUAUUUUUAGUUCAUAUCUGCCGCUUGUUUCGAAACCUCGGUCAGUUCUGGGUGUCCUCCUUCAGCAUGUUUACUCUGAGUGUUUACCAGUGAUAGUAAUUACCCCUUUUUUGAAAACAAUCAAACUUCCAUUUUUGUUCUCCUGACAGAAACUCAGAGGGGAAGAAAUUGUUUUAAACAAAAUACUCCUUCUUUAUGCCCAUUCGUAUCCAGAAAGUCCUAUAGGUGAGUCGAUUUGACUGUUUUUUAUCAAUAUGCAUAGAAACGCGAGAGAGCGAUGUGCAACUAAUUGCAGUAACGUUAUAUAAAAAGGAAAAAGCUAUGAGCCAAAUUCGAAUUCAUUAGCAAACAGCGUGAGCAUACGGCACUAACAUAUAUUUAUGUAUAUAUUUUUUUCUUUUUAAAUCUUUUGGAGUCGCUUGAAAUCUCUUAAAUCUCAUACGCCCAAGAAGUUUAAGAGAAUAAUUAUUUCAGUGGAAAUUCUGGGAAAAUUGGUCGCUGGCGGGCAUAUAGCCUGGGGGAAGUUUUAAAUGCUAAUUAACUCCUAUUUGUCUUUUUCCCUUUUUUUUGUAUUUCAAUUUUUGCUUUUUUAUAUGAAAACGUUAUAAGGAAAACGAACAUCAACAGAGACAAGUGACUGUGACUCCAUGGCACUUGAAACAUUAUUCUUUGCCACAGGAAACAGUCCAUUUUAGGACUACUCUUAUCCUGACGAUCGCCCGACGUCAUUCAAACGUGUGGGUAGUAUUAAAUGUCACUCUUUACACUUUCUCUUAGAUGCGUUCACGCCUUUUUAGACAAAGCGCUAGACACCUUCUCAAGUAAAACACUCUAAGGAUGAGAUUCAGCCUCUUCUUCUUUCCGGUUGGUUUUGUAUACAGAAGACUCAAACUCCCAUUUCAUUAGAAUUUAUCUCGUGUCUCAAGGAGCGGUGAAUGAUAUUUUCACUGCCCUCGAUUGCGAAGGUUUUUUUUUUCGGUUCAUUUGCUCGCUGUACUUCAUAAGAGAUUUCCUCUUAGUUGUUGCCUCUUUACCCUUUUUAAUCUUAGAUUCCUCAAUCUUGACUUGUCGAUUUCAUUCGAUUGUUGUCCGCGCAUAUUGAUUCAUUUGACUUCUGCUACAAGCUUUGGUAUAGAGAAAUAAACAUUGACUUCAGUGGGUGAAUUUCAGUCGUCAUGUCUAGAACUCGCGGGGUUUGUUAGCGUUAUGAAAGCUCAACAACGCUGGUCUUUCUUAAGAGUCUUAGGUUCGAUCAAUUUCUUAAUUUGACGCUUUAGUAUUUGUGUGGAUUAAAGUGUUGCAGGUGAACGAGAGGGGAAAAUUACUUGUGAUUUGGACGAUGUUGAUUUAAGUUACGUGCAGACGAAUGGAAAGAACAGACUAGUGAUGUUUAUUUUACAGAUAUUUUGAUAAAUUAACUAGGAAACACGGAGCACUUACACGUAUAGAAAUGGGUUUUACGGUGGUUUGAAUGAAUCAACCAGGAGAUGCAAUUUUCAAUUCAAAUUUUAAAGUUGUUUUUAUUUUCGGUCUUGUUGCAUCAGCUAUUAUUUUAAGUUGUCAAAGGAAACUUUUAAGCCUAGUUUGCUUCGUCAAAUAUCGAAAAUAUGCAAAUCGUUUACUGUUAACUGGAUGAUAUCACCUAAAGGAAGCAGUCUUGAUUUCACAGCAUUGAUGCUUUUCUGAAAAUGGAAUAGAUGAGCAAUAUUUGUUACAUAAGCUACUUUUUAAUCUUCAUUGUUUUGUUUUUUUUCUCGAAGAGAGUGGGGGCAAAAAAAUUAAAAUCUAAAAAAGAUAUAUUUAGAGUAAAUAAUCUCUCGGUUUUGGCUUUGUUUAGCAGCAGGUGUCCCCACGUUAAAAAGAAAGGUUAGCUGAUUCGGUAUUAAUUAUUUGGAAGAUAAAUUUUUUUUUUCGUAUGCAAAACGGUCAGUUUUAUACACAAUAUUGUUAAGGUCUUCCAUAAGUGCUGCCAUUUACUUUUGACUGAUAUUAAAGAUCAUGGGCGGGGAGAUUUCGUUCAAACAAAUUGAAAUACAGUUACAAUGACAUCGUUUAUUAUCCAUCAUGAGAAAUUCUGAAUUUUAUGGGGCGGUUUAUUUUAAUUAAGGGUAUGGUAAUCUUACAGGCCUUAGUUGGCGGGUAAUCGUGAAAGAACACCAAAUAUUGUUAAUACUGAAUUCCGCGAACAUUGUCAAUAUAUACAUGUCGUGUGAGGAAGUUUUGUCAGAAUUCACCCAUAUGACUGAUUUGUUGUCUUGACAUCACCUUAGCUAUGCAAAUUUGAACUGGAUUAUUGGGUGAGGUCAUUCAACUAAUUUUUGUUUAAAAAGGCAAGACGUUAACUGAAUUGUUGCAACAGGCAGCGAUAACAUGAAGAUCUCGUCUUGCGAAGCGGUCCUACAGUACGUCCCAGCACUUUCCGAAUUUGCAGAUCUUCGCUCGACUUUCGUGGUUAAUUUGGUGCUUAAUGUUUUCCUUUGUCAUGCAGCGGUAGCGUUAAACCUGCUCACGAUCCACGCAAUACGAAAAACCUGGUCGUUGCCAAAAACGUUGAAAAUAUUGCUCUUAAGUCUUGCUGUUUCUGAUGUUGGAGUCGGUUUAGUGGUCCAUCCAUUUUACAUUUCUCUUCUCGUGAAGUGGCUACACUAUAGCAAACCCAGCUGUUUUACCUACAAGAUAUUUUUCAUGAUCAUGUCUCUGUUUGCAUUGGCGUCGUUUUUUGGUGUUGUUCUUUUAAGCGUGGACAGAUUCAUGGCGAUUCAGUUUCACCUCAGAUACAGGGAGAUAGUAACUCACAGGCGUGUUGCUGCUGUGGUGAUCACCGUUUGGGUUUUCAGUGCUUCGCUGUCUUUGACACCAGCAUGGUUCCCGAGCGAAAGUUCUCUUAUUAUAUUCUUUGUUGGAACCAUUUGCCUUAUGUUUACUACUUUGGUCUACUGCAAGAUUUUUGUGGUUUUACGACGCCAUAAAAACCAGAUUAGAGGCCUUCAGUUGCAGCAAGCAGCACCGAACAGUGAAAUGAGAAACUUAACUAGUCUUUCAAAAUCAGCAGUCAAUUUAUUCUACGUUUAUGUUGUGUUAAUGGUGUGCUAUUUGCCAAGAGGAGGCAGUUUAAUUGGAACAGCAAUUUUAGAGCGGAGUACUAUGAUAAAGGGUUUUCUUCUUUGUUCGUGGACUCUGGUGUUUCUUAAUUCGUCUUUGAAUCCGGUAAUCUACUGUUUAAAGAUGAGACACUUUCGACAUGCUGUUAGAGACAUCUUGAGGAACAUGCGUUUUCGCAGAAAUCGCUCCCAAAGCGAACGUAGAACUUUUUCUGAUUUCCGCGGUGAGGACGUGACUCGCUUUCCAACCGGUUUAUGAACGCCCGAUUCGGCAAUUGAGCGUGAAGUGCAAAUGGUUGAGUGAAAGAGUCGGUUUAUUCAAAAUCGGGGAAACUUUCAAGGAGAACAAGGAGCUGUUGCUUAAGUCGAUGUUUUUUAGAAUCGAAACACUUGGAAAACCGUUUUGGCAAUUGAAGUAUGAUUCACUUCCAUCAUAAUUAUAAUUUGAUUGAUCAAAUGUCGACAAGUAUACUGUGGUCAUAAUAGUGAGAUUUACUGCGAUAUUUCAGUAAAUUUACGACUUUUGGUGGUAUGUGAAUUAAUUGACCUUAUUUUCUUUCGGAUUUGUGAGGGGUGAGAGCAAACUACUGACUAACAACUACAGCGCGAUAGAAGCGAACACCUGGUAGCAAAGUAUUUCUAUUUUUCUAUAAUUUUGAUGAAGAUAUAAUCUGACUAAAAGUACUAACCCUUACCCCAACCUUUUUUCCUAGUCGAUGUUUGGCUCGUAAGAGCAGAUCCAAUUCUUAGGAAGCUAUGAUGAAGUAGAAUAUUUCAGUCCGAAUGCGAUUUAGCCUGACCCAAGCGGCAUAUUUUAUUUUAUCUAGUUUUUUGCCUAUAUUCUUAUAGACCUGUCGACCAGUUUUUUAAUCCUCGAAUACAUUUUAAUUCUAAUUAUGGUACUUUCAGGAUCGAUGGCCUCUAGUUCAUUGGUUGAAUUACUGUUAUGUGUUACCCUCCUUAAAUAAAGUUGUUGUUAUCAUUAUACUGUGACCAAAAAGCGUUUUCUCCUCACGGUAUCUGUCCAUUGUUAUAAAUACGUAAUGGAAGAAAAAUAUCUCCUGGGGAAACUGUUUCAUUAGUGUGGGUGAUUGCGUGUUUCCUCGUAAAUUUUGGAUUUUAAUUUUAAUAUUUCAGGAUGUAGGAAACCAGUCCUGCUAAAAACAAAACAUUUGCCAUAAUGAAAUUGUAAUUCUCUCGGGAAAAGUUCAGCCUUCUUUUAAUAUUUGCAAUUUCAAGCAAUUUUGCCCGCGACAAUUGCCAAAAUUAAGGAGAAAUGCCUUGUCUCAGCUUAUCAGUUUUGGUUAUUUUGACAUGUUUGUUACUAAAUACCAAAUCGUUAGGGCUAAGUUUCUGAGAAAUGUUAGGCAAACAGUGCGAAAAGUUUAGAUAUUUUGUGUCUGUUUUAUAAAACAUUCUUGUUUAAUUACGACUAAUCUAUGAACUGAAUAUACUCACAGUACUACUGCUGAAGGAUCAGCUCUAGCUUGGCAUGGAUGACAAAGUUUGCGUUCAUUGCAAUUAUGAAAGGGUUUUGAAUGAGGCCAAAUUGUGAUCGUUCUUAAGAUCACCCCAUUUCCUUGCAGAGAUAUAAUAUUUUUUAUCGGCUUGGUUCUCUUUUAAGCCGCAAAGAUCAAAAAAGGAAAUAAGCAACGGAAGUCACCAUCAAAGCUCAACUGCACUUGCUCUCUCGAAAGCCUAUCUUUCCUUUAGUCCUUUAUAAUCCAACAUUAGCAUUCAUAUUCUCCCUACUGUUCUCUACAUUUCCCAUGGUACUGGCAGGAGAAUUUGUCUACAAAUCAAGAGUUUACUUUUUCUAACUGGUGAUGAUUUCUUAUAUUCUCAUGACCGUGAUGUGUUAUUCAGUAUCAAUACUUUAAGGAGAAGUUUGAUGUUAGUCACUACUGGGAGUUAAAGGGUUAAUCACUACGUUUGUGGAUUUUUUUGGUGUCUUGCAAUGACGUCAGGAAAAAAACAUCUUCGGUGGUCGUCUGAAGAGUUGUGCCUAAUUGUUCUAUCUUCAUUAUCUAACAGGGGUUGUGCUGAGGAAACAAUCUCGUGUGGAUGCUGAUUCUUCGUAUAUUCCACCGUCCGACGGUUUUCUCAGGUAAGUAUUCUUUGUAUUGAUGCUUUGCAUUUUUUCAACUUUUUGUUUAACAUAGGCAUGCUCGCAUGCAAUAAUUGUUUUUUUGUGGAUGGGUGGUUUUAUGUUUGCAUUUCUGAAAAAGAAAAAGAGCAUUUACCUAGCCGUAAGGUGGCGAGGUGAGUAUCCAUCUCUCUCACCGACGCUGAGUUGAAUAACUGCUCUGGCGUGUACAGUGAGUACCACACAAGCCGAACAACUAGCAGAUCAAACAGUCAGGCAGCCAUUUUGUUUGUCUUUCAGUUUUUCAACGAGAGCGGCUACCGUACAACAGCAUGCACUGCAGGUCAGAGCUUAUCUUACGUUUUCGUACACUGUUGCGUCUUAAAAGUAAUUUUAUUUGGGGGAUCUAAGUGAAGGAUGAUCUUAUUCAGUGAAUGGCACAGACAUACUUGAAGAAAAAGAAGUCCGAUUGCUGUCGAUACGUGUCGAGCUAACGAAUUUCCGAUAAGAACGAGAUUGGAGUGUCCGAAGUACAAAUCGGAUGGUCGUAGGCUGCACUCCUACUGGGGGCAAUCGAAUUUUUUAUGUCCGAGUACGCAUAUGUCAUUCACUUAAUAUCUUCAUCUUUCUCUUAAAUUGAUUAUGUUGUGAUGUAAUAGGGUUAUGUGUCGAAUUUCUUCCGAACUCUCGGUGUUGUAACUGUGAAUAUAUGAAAAUCAUAUGUGCGAAAUACGUAUAAAGAAGUGAAUAUGAAAGCGAUCUUCGCAGUAAUGAACACUACUUGAGCAGUAGUGAAAAUAAGGCUUGGAAAAAAAAUUCAGGCCUGUAUGGGAUUAACCCAUGACCUCCGCGGCACCGGUGCAGUGCUCUACCAACUGAGCUGACAAGCCAACUGGAAGCUGGUCAUAAUGUUAUAAUGUUUUCAGGCCUGAUUUUCACUAAUGCUUAAGUAGUGUUCAUUACAACGAGAAUCGCUCUCGUAUUCACUUCUCGUUGUUGUGUUCCUAACAUUGAAUCAGUGUUGUCUACUCGUUUUUUAAAGAGAGAAAAGGUUUCACCAAAACUGUUUUUGUGUAGGCCAGCAAAUUCCUGAUCUCCGAAGUACAUUCAGUUCUCCCAAGGUUCCUGAAAGAUUGCGAUGCUGACCAGUUGGUGAGAAAACUAUUUUUUUCUCUUCCACAGCUUUGGGGCUGUUAUUUUGUCGUUGUUACUGGUGUUGUUUUUUAUGUAGCAUUUUCAUAUGUUUGGGCGAACCUCUAUACUAGAAGUGCUAAUGUUAGUGUCCUUUUUUGGAGAAGCGGAGGGUUAUAUCCAGACCGCUCGAACUCCGUUUUAAAAUGGUCUUGAUGGAAGGCUCCGCUUUAGAGAGAAAAACAGAGUUCUAGUAGUCAAACUGCGUUCAAUCUUGAACUUGAAAAUGUGUGUGUUUUCAUUAUCAAACAGAUCAUGAUCUUCCCAGUGCUAGUUCAUUAUAUUGCACAAUUCUUUGAGGAUUCUGCCGUGUGCAGAGCACUGCUGGAUGGGUGAGCAGCCAGUUUUUAAGAGAUUUUCGGUAGUAUAUUCAAUACUUUUUGUCGUGUGGCUAAAAAGUUUGCAUAACUAUACAUUUUCCUCUGCAAUCGCCUUACUGAUUGACUUUUGACCCGAAAGCUCAUUUAGUUGAAGUCGACCUGAGUUUGUUGAAGCCACUAAACAAAAAAAGAAGUGAUUACUGAUGGGCAUUUGCUGUCUGAGACGAAAGUAGAUACUAAUUAUCUACUGGAAAUGUAGUCGUUUCAAGAUAACAGUUACUUAACAAGUGUUUGUCUUUCAUGGUUAUAACUAUAAAAGAAUGUGUAUCACAAUAAGCUCAUGAUUAAUUGUAGAUCGCGUCGUUUCGACUGCUUUACUGCAGGUAUUCGACUUUUGAAGUCUAGCAGUAUUGCAGUCGAAAUGUCGCCGCUAAAAUUGAUAGAGGCUCCGUCUAUAUGGUGAGUCAACCGAUUGAUCGUUUAUUUAUCAUUUUAGUUACACUUAACAUGAUUGCUUUUUCAGAUUGUACAUUAUAUUGUACCGGGUGGAGGAAAUGCACAUGCAGGGAGACACCGGGUGAGAACACUUCGUCAAUAUCCUCAUAGUUAUUGCGUUGAUCAAUUAGAAGCUUUAGCAUUCUCCCUCCGGGCAACCUCCCCGGGCAUUUGAACUUUUGAAGAUUGAUUCGUUCAAAUCACCCCCUCCCUCCCUCCCUCCCUCCCUCCCUCCCCGGGCUAAAUGGAGUUCAAAUGCCCCACCCAAGUGCCAGAUUUGAUUUUCAAUAUUUUGAUAAAAGGCAAUAUGAGCGACCGUGACUCACCUGUAAACCUUUUCUUCUGAGCCAUCUGUUCGCGAAACUGAACUUUUUACCUUUAAACACCUCCAUACUAAAAGAUAAAACACGUUAAUUCCGCUGGAAAGACUCGAAAGAUCUGGUUCAAAUUCUCCACUCCACCGAGGUAAGGUUAAAAUUUCCACUCCCCGGGCACGGACGACGGUUAAUUGCCCGUGGGUUUCCCGGGGGCGGUGUUGAAUCUUCGAGUUAAUUGGUGCAUAAGUCCUAGCCUCAGCCCAAGUGCUCUCGCGGGUAUAUUAGCUAGGAGGGCCCUUCCCCUUACCCACUCCCCGUUGGAGCUAGCUCCCAGGCUAGUUCAUGCCAUGGCCUAAGAACCCAGCGUUGAAAAUUUCCCAAUUAUGAAUGUCCUAAAUUUCUUUCUAUUGCAGAGACGAUUUACACUCGCUGGUGCAGACCUAUCUGGAUUUUUCCCUUCUUGGCCUCAGAGAAGUGAUUAACACGAAGGUAACUUCUGCCAACUAGUAUUCUUACACAAGAAAUUAAGUUUUGUCGUUUGUCGCACAAUUUUGUCACUUCUGAUGUGGAUCAUAACAUGUCGACUGCAUUGUGCUUUUCUUGGAGCAAACUGCAGUCGAAACGUUGCGAUCCACAUCGAAAGUGAUUUAAUCAAGAGAUAAACGAUAUUCCCUCAUUUAUACGUAAUCAGCGAGUUAAAAAUAAUGUAAAUUGCCGGAAAUGGCCUUUUAAUUCCUUGUUCAAUUUGUUGUAUUAAAAAGCAUCUAUGAGAGAGUGAAUUUAAGGUUUACCCAUCUUACUACUUCGUCACCAGGAACUGGAGUUACAAGUGGUGCGAGAGGUCCUAGAAGUGUUCAUUAGAGUGUGCAUUUUUCUUGAUCAACCCACAUUUCUCAGCUUUGUGUUCAAAGCCAUCAGUAACAGGCUGGACUAUGUAAGUUUUCCACUUUGUGGCUUGUAUGUAAACUCAAAAGAUAAUGUUACUGUGACAAGGGGCCAAUGAAGAACCCAAAAAACAAAAUCUCGAUGUGCCACCAGUAAAUAUUAGCGUUCAAAUAUGGAGAGAUUUUAGUUUUUACUUUGUUGCAUUAGAAGUUCGCAGGUGUCUAUCCACCAUUAUCCGAUUUAGGGUGUAGUCAGGUUAAACCCAUGCAAAGGUGCGGUUCUAUCGACUCCAUUGGAGAAUUUCUCUUCUUGUUUGAUAAAUCUUUUGUUCCACAACACAUCUUUGUCUGUGUCAAGUUGAUUUGUGUUGUAGGCCAAUUAUUGUUUGUUUACUUUUCAUGUUAACCUUACGUCUCAGUUGACGGACUUCAGUUGUAACUUCUUACGAUAUCAAUACACCGCAAAGCAAACAAGUAUCUUGUCAAAUAUCUUGAUGUAGUAGGGAGUUCUUGUUUUUUUGAAAGUAAUGGAUAGCAAGUUGAUCGAACUUCAAGCCGUAACAUGAUGAAACUGCCCAACUUCACUUCUCUUUUUCUUACCUCGUACUCAGGAACCUGACUUGGUGCGUCUUAUGAGUGAGGAGGAAGGAAGCAGCAGGUUGAACGAGACACCUGAUUUACUGAUCUUGUCUAACGAUAUACCGACCAGUCCCGCUGAGGAGCUCGUCAUAACAGGCGAAGACGAGGAGGAUCCUGGUUAGUGCCUCAUGAAAUUUACAUGUAACUGACCUGAUAAGAGGGUUGUUUGACUCCUGACACGAAAGGGGCUGUCCAAAUUUUUGCAGAGUUUUUAAUGAAGGGUGAACUCAGAGCAGAGUUGAAAAACGAAUGAUAUUCACCGAGCCGUAAGGCGGCUAGGUGAGUAUCCACCUCUUUCACCGACACUUAGGCGAAUAACUGUUUUGGCGUGUACAGUGUGUACCACAUAAGCUGAAUACCUCGCAGAUCAAACAGUCUCAUGCAGCCAUUGUUUUUUCUUUGGUUGCCGGGAGAUAAAAUUAGUAAUAUGCUAAUCAUCUCCCGAUCAGUCAAUCAAUGCGCAGGGAAAAUCGAUGGGGACUUUAGUUUUAUACAUUUGGUUCAAUAUUGCUGAACAAGUUUUUCUGAGUGGUUACGGUCUCUUUAGGAGCUGUAGCAACUUUUCUGUCCAAAAAAACAAGAGGCAGCAAGUUCUUUUUAGUCAAUGACCAAUAGAGGUGCAUGCUCUUAACUGGGAAACGAGAUUAACGCAUGUGCACAAUUGCAUGGUUCAAAAAGUGAACGUGGUAUUUGUAUUCGCAUGCAACGGUUAAGGUUCCUGGCAAUUGCUGCACUCAAAUACUAGUCUACAGGUUUAAGGGUAACGAGUUUGGUGUCUUUGACGUCUUCUUUUGAUCGAUUGUUUAGACGCUGGUCGUGUAAUGCAAGAGUCAGUAGCUCUAGACACUUCACAUGAGAGUAGUCGAGGUACAACACGAUUGCCCAGCCCAGAAGUAAGCGCGGACAAUGAAGAAUUCUCUGACUGGGACAGCUGGGAAGAUGAAAACGAGGUACAGGUGUAGUUUAAGGACCUUUUUCAGGUUUGAAGAUGGGGAGAGGGUGGGGGUGGGGGGGGGGGGGUGGGGGUGGGGUGGGUUGAUACUAUCAGUCAUUCGCUUUGCAGGCCUUAUUCUCCUAGUCCCUGUCGUUUCCUCGUCGAGGAUUCUCAACUAGCAAGAGCUGAAAUUCUUUUUGCAGGAACACAAGAGAAUCCCACCAUGGUCAAGAAUACUUUUUUACGCAGGUUUCCUCAGUUGUUUUGAGUAGAUAAUGUUAAAGAAAACAUUUUUCUACAUGUAGUGUAUAGUUAGAGUGACUAUCGUGUAUAGUCACAGUCAUUUAGUGUAUAGUUAGCUUAACAUUCCUUUCCUCAUCUGGCUAAGGGCAAAAAACAGAUUAAAAAAAGGUUUCAUGGCUACUUAUUGUUUAUCGUUAAGUCUCGUGUUUGAUAUUGUUUGUUUUUGCUUCCUAUUGUAGAAUGAAACUGUCCUUAUGAGGUUGUUUUCGGAAUUUCUGCGUCAAAUAAGUCAAGUCUAUCAAUCAAGAAGCGCGGAAGGUUUGUAAUUCUCCCUUUUAGAAGAGUUCUCAGCAAUUAUGGGGAGGAACUCAUCUCCCAUAGAUUCCUUUUUUCCUUGCUCGGUAUAAAUGAGUAACAUCCCUCUCUGACUUUCAUUUUUCCUCUUAAACCAACCAUUUACAUUUCUUUUAAGAAACAAAUGGAAAGAAGGAGUUAUAUAACGCCUUUUGGUAUUUAUUUGUAGGCUAUUCUGUAUUUCGAGAAGAACUUGUCAAGUGUGGGGAUACAGAUCAGAAGGCCAUAACAAAGUAA